AGGUCCAUGUGGUGGGAAAACUACUGGGCAGACGAGGCUGAGCACCUUCUUUGAGAACCUAGGGUGGAAGGUGAGUCUGUCCGUUGAACAAGUUUAAGUUAUCAUUCUUCUGUGUCUCUUAUUGCAAAUAUUAAGUAAUGGCUGACAGUUUUGUUAUGUGUCAAAAAGUGAAAGUGAACAAAGUUAUACGGGACUCAACAAUGCAACAACAACAAAAAAUCAACUAUUAAUAUUUCAUUAAAAUAUAAUAUCUGUAAACGUUGAAGGGUUAGCCUCUUAAAUAUUUUCUUGUCUAUCUGUUAUGAUCUCACUUUAUCAUUUACGUAAAUUCUUUAACUGUUGGGUAAAAAUACCUUGGCUCAUUAAUCUUGUAUUCAAUAGUAUAGUUCUGUAAAAGCCUGUCAUUUCCACCACAGGAACUUACUUUUUAAUUAAUAUCUACAAAUGGGUUUUGUCUUUAGCGUAGUUCUGUAAAAACCUGUCAUUUCAAAUACAGGUACUUACUUUUUAAUUAAUAUCUACAAAUGGGUUUUGUCUAUAGUGUAAAAAAAAAGAAAAUUAUUGACAAAAUAAAACUUAGUUAUUUAAAAGAAAAGCUUUUUUAAGCAUGUUCUUUUUGUUGAUCAAUUAGAUCAACAAUUAGAGGGGACACUUGUAUAGACUCCUCAUCUGUUCUCUUGUGCCCUCAGGUGUACAGAGCUCCUGAGUCAGCCCUCGCCUAUCUCAGGUAAGUUGUUAUUACUGAUAGCUGUCUUGUGGAAAUGAAUUAGCUUAUUUAGAUUUAAAUGAUGAUUUCAUAAGAGCACUUCAUAAGAUACAAUAAAAUGAAUUCAUCACUUAUAAAGUAGAACCAUUUCUUUGUUUUUAAUUAAGAAUACAAGGUAGCUUAUACUGUGUCAAUUUUUUUAAAAAGCUAUUUUUUGCACCAAUUAAUCUUCUAACAUGUAAUUUUCCUUACAUGUUAAAAUAUUACCUACAUAACUAAAUUUAGACUAGGAUGUUUUAACUGAAUUUCUUCUAAUCAAGCUAAGGCAUUGUUUUACUGUCUCAGAAUAUUUUUAUUUAUAUUAGUGCUUUGUUUAUAAUUCCAGUUUACCUAAUAUUUAAUUAGUUGGUGGUCUACUGCCCACACAAAAAUUGUUUUAGAAAGACUUAAAACACUAGUAUCAGUAUUACCUUAAUGAGCUUUAAAAAUAAUUGUUCACUGAGUAAAGGAAGGCAUUCACAUUUUUUGCUUUCUUUGUCAUUGGAAAUAUUUUUUUAAGAUUCAUAUUUUAUUUCUUUCAGUGGUGGGGUUCAGUUUCAUGAGUUGAAUCAAAAACAAGGUAAAGAUGGCUCUAUGCAUCUCAUGAGUUGUAAAUGUUCAAACUCUUAAAAACUCUGCAAAGGGAGUUAAACUGUGAACCAUUAAGUCCAUCUGGUGUAUUUUAUGUUAACAGAUCACUUAAUCUUGGUUAAUCCUUAGUUAAUCCUCCUAAGGCCAGUCACUAAUGAGCUCAGUGAUAGUGGUGAAGGAUUGACAUGGUAGAUGAUGAUGGUUACAUACAAUUAAAACCACAGAGUAAAAAAAAAAGGCUUAUGUUGAGGAUACACAAUUUUUUAACACAUUUAUUUUUAAGCUUAUUGUUUAAAAAAAAAUAUUUCAUAAAAGUUGUCUUCUUGGAUUUUUUAAAAAAAUCAUUUUUUUGAAAGCAAGCAAAAUAAAGCAAUUAAAUAAAAACUAACUAUAAAAUACAAUAUUGUCUUUAUAUAAAAAUGAAAGAAUAAAUUGUUAAUUUUAAAUUUGAGUAGGAUGUAGUAUUAAAAAUAUUCUACCUCAUCAGCUUCUGCACCUUUGACUUAAUAGAUGAAUACUUUGGGUUUCCUUUUUGGAAAAUAUUUAAUCUGCGUCUUUGCCUCAGAUUCUGUUAUUUUUUCAUUUUCAGCUUUUAAGUUCCAGGAAAACAUUAUACGGACCAUGAUGGUGAUUGAGGAAACCUUUCACCAUUUAGCAGAGGCCAGGCAUAGGGAUGUCUUGCUCAUCUGUGAUAGAGGAGUUAUGGAUGGAUCAGCAUGUAAAUAUGCAUCUGGAGGUUCUCUUUUUAAAAAAGGGAAAAUUAACAUUAUAAAAUCCAUUUUUGUUACAUUUUUUUUCUUCCCUUUCUUGGUCAGUCACAGCAAUUUUUAUGGUGCAUUUUACUGGUAUUUACAAGGUGAAAUAAUUUAUUAACAUUGGUGUACUUGACUCAAUAACUCGUAUCCAUAUCCAGAUUUACCUGUACAAGACUGGAUUACAAUGAAACAACAGAAUAACUGGAAUGAUGUGGAUCUAAGGGACAACAGAUAUGAUCAGGUAAGUGUGUCAUUGUGGUAAUGGCUACAAUGAGAUAGGGGUAAUAAGGGGAGAGACUGCAAUCAGGUUAGUACAAAAUAAAAUGAGUAAAACAGAGUAGGGUUAAACCUGAAAAAAUUAACGCAACAAAACAGCGAACGUGUCGGCAGAAAGCCUUCGUCAGCGAACAAAACAACAGAAAAAACGGUAUAAAAAUAAGAAAUAGCACUUAGCUGAUAAGUAGUAUCUGUGGGCAGCAAUAGAAGUGGCUCCAAUGAGAUACCUGGCCCAAUGUGAUGACUGGCAAGUGGGUCAUUGAGGUAAAGAUCAUUCCGAGAUAGCUAGCCCACUGCAAUGACUGGAAUGUUUGUCAUUGAGGUGAUGGCCAUACUGAGAUAGCUGGCCCCCUGCAAUGACUGACACAAUCGAUUGGCUGGCCCCCUGCAAUGACUGACACAAUCGAUUGACACAGUACGUGACAGAGAAGAUCUGUACAAUCAUGUGAAUUUGGAAAUUGUAUUGAUUUUUUAGGCUAUUUUAUUAAAGCUAUACAAUCCAAUAAGUCAAGGUUUAACAUUGUAACCAAGCAAAAUAUAUAGAUUCUUGAACUAGGGCAAGGGAGUCCAAGCAGUGGGGAACAUUGGAGGGUGUCAAGCCCGGGCAUAACUUUUAUGGUUUAUAUUUAAAAUUAAUUAUGUGUGUGCCUGGGUUAUGUGAGGAGUGCACUUUAAGGUAUGCCAUAGGAACUGCAGCAGCAUUGAUGGAAUUGAACAAAUUAAAUUUUUGUUCAAAAUGGUUAGAAAGACUAAAAUAACACUCGAGAUUAUUAACCACAAGUCAUUAAAGUUAUUUAGACUACUGAAUAUAAUUAAUAGGCUAUGCUGUUUAUUUUGACACUUCGCUCUGUUCCCAGAUAAUACAUAUGGUGUCGGCAGCCAAGGGUGCUGAAGAUUUCUAUACCAUCAUAGGCCAUAAAACAAGAAGUGAGGGCAUUGAAGGGGCAAGGAAAUUAGACUCUAUAACAGCUAAUGUAAGAUAUUUUACAUACAUUAGUUGCAUUAUAAAAGAAAUGAUAAAAUCAAGCGCGCAGCCAGCAAACCCCCCAAAAAACAAGAGCUUGACACUUCCUGUUUAUAAGUAGGCUCUUUGUAACUCCUUAAUAAGAAAAAUGGCCUUCACUAGGCAAUAUUGAAAAUGCCGUGUUGUUUAGGGCGGUAGCAUGAGUGGCCGGAAGCCGUAAUGUAAAUGUAAAGGUUAAAAUUUUCAUAUUUUAUAAGAUGAUUAGAGUAAUGUUUUGAGAUUGUCAUAUUUUAUUUUGAGCUUACUAAAUUGAAUUAACCAUAGUGGUUCUUGAAAUCCUCUAAACAGUAAACAUCAAAUAAUAUGAUUUCUUUUUAAAAUCUUUUUCUUUGCUCCAUUAGGCCUGGGUGGGACAUCCUUACUAUGAUGUUAUAGACAAUUCUACAGAUUUUGAAACAAAAAUUUCAAGAAUGAUAGCAGUAAGUGAUUCACAUUAAUUUUUUUUUCAGCAUUUGAUUUACCCUUUUUUUAAUAUUAUUCCUUACUUCUGUAAUUGUCAGUGAAUACUAGUUUUUUUGUUAUAAAUUUCAAAGGUUAUUAUUCCCCCUUCCUCUUACUCUCUACGAUUAGCCGACACCAGUCUCAAUAUCAUUAAGUAUGUAUUUGAAUGUCAGCCUCUAUGAUUAGCCUACACCAGUGGUUGGCAAAUCGGGGCUCGCAAGCCGUAUGCGGCUCUUUAGCGACCUGAGUGCGGGUCUGCCAGCCGACCACAAAUUGGUUUUGACUCCAAAAAAAAUGGUUCUUGACAGGUUCUUGAAAAGAAAGUUGGCUCUCAAAAAAACUUUUUAGCGUCCUGCUGCCUAUUUUCGGCUCUUUUGACUAAUGAGUUUGCCGACCACUGGGCUACACCAGUCUCAAUAUGAUUAUAUAUGUAUUUGAAUGUAAGUCUUUAUGAUUAGCUGACACCAGUCUCAAUAUGAUUAACUACUGUAACGGAUGUGUAACCAGUGUUAUUUGUCACUUAAUUACAGUCUGAUACUUACUACUGUUAAUUAAAUGAAUUGCUAUGAAAGCCCAAAGAGACAAUGCAGGACACCGUUUCAUUUCAUCACUUUGAACUUAAAUCACAUUGAGGGGUCACAAUGCACAAUAUAAAUAUGUGUCCAAACUGGAACAAAAUAACUAGUGUGACGACAUGUAACUUCAUUCUCUUUAUACGGUAAUACAAACAGAUCAAAAAUAGCUGAUUCAAUAUGAUAUAUCCGAAAAUAACUCCAGAGUACAUUGCGAGUGCAAAUCCUUCUCCAUUCAAUCUCUCUCAACUUCCUUCCUUUCUCUCUGUGCAUGACAUCCGAGUUAUCAUCUUAAUACAUCUAAAUAACGGAACAAUAUAGAGCUUUUACAAAUACGUAUUUGAAUGUCAGCAUCUAUGAUUAGCCUACACCAGUCUCAAAAUGGUUUAAACACGUAUUUGAAUGUCAGCCUAUACGUUAUUUGUGGUGUAUGAGCUACUAAUACUACGAGUUAAGAUUGUUUUCUAAACUUGCUCUGUUAUUCUCAGGCUGUUUGUACCAGGGUGGGUGUUGAUCCCGGAGACAGGCUUGCCCCAAACAGUAUGAAAAGAAAAUUCCUCAUUUCUCAUCUUGCAGAAAAAGAAGUUAGAAAUGAUUUUGACAAAUUUUUUUUAAGUUCCUUGAAUUUAUGCUGAGUACAAAUUGAUCUUUAAUUAAUUAUCCAUCUCAGUUUUUGAUAAACAAAUUCAUUUCCCUUGAUUAAAUUUUUUUUUAUUGGUAUAAUUUAUCACCUUGCUUCCUAAAUAUUUCUUUUUCAUUACUUUUACUUUUUAUAUCUAUUUAAAACAUACACAUUUUUUUUUAUAGAUGACAUGAAAAAAAGCAUCAAUAGCACAUUUUUACACCAACUCUAAAAUUCUUAACUUGAUUCUUGAAAAAUUGGUUUAAUAAUAAUUUAUAUGAUGCAGGCAUUUCCUCAUUAUCAAGAAUUUCAUGUUGUUCAUGACUACCUUGUGACCCCCAGCAGAAAGAUGCAGGCAAGGUUACGAAAGCGUGGGCAAUCAGGUAAUUUAAACUUGAUUACUGACAUUUGGACGGUUGUGUCAGUUAUUUUUGUAAAAAAAGAAAAGUUUUUAGCCUGCUUUAGUCUUCUCCUAUGGUACAGACAGUGGGCAGACCAUACGACCCCCAGAGGCGUUUUUGCUAUCUUGCCAACUCCUAGCAGACGAGACCUAUGGUGGGGGUUAGGUCGCAGGCAGCAGAGUCUAGUGACACAGUUGCGCACAGAGCACUGUCCCAUCAGCACAUACUUCAACAGGCUAGAUAAUAACAGGGACCCUACCUGCCGGCAUUGCAGCCUGGUCCCAGAAACACUAGCGGAUCUGUUGACCGAAUGUCUCUCACUAGAUUUUUCGUUGGAAAGCCAGGGCGGCAGGAGAGCCCUACAUGAGGAAAAUGUUAUAUGGCUCACCUCAGCAGAUGGAGCUUGUAGCCAACUUACUAUCCGGGUUCAUAAUUGACUUAUCUCAGACCCUCACCAGGAUAUGUGCGUUAGUUAGUCUUCUCCUACAAUUGCCACCAUCUUGUGGAAAUGUCAAGUCCUUCAAGAAAUCAAAAAUACAAAGAAAACAAACAGCAAGAAAGCUGGUGAGAGGAGAAAAAUUGUGUCUAGUGUUUUGUGCGUUGUUUGGAGUGUUUGGUGUGUAAUGUUUAGUGUAUCAUGGCCAACCACGUAUAACAACAAAAAUCCUCUAAUGAUAUCAUAGAAAUGUUUUAAAGAUGUGUCAAUAAUAAAAGCAAUACACUACUUGUAUAUUACCAUAAAAUCUCUAUUUCUUUUCUCUGUCUCUAAAAACCUCUUUUAAUCAGCAACUUAAGAUGUAACAUAAUUUAAUGUUAACAAAGCAAAAAAUGGUGUUGAUUUUAAAUUCAACCAUGUCAUUUACAAAAAGGUGCCACCCAUAUUGUACUUAUGCAAAAAAAAAAGUCAAAGCUCCGACCCAAUCCCCCAAUGUACAUGUACAUUUGUAAGACACCCCCCUUGUGUAGGUACAAUACAAUGAGCUUUCUACUAACCUAUCCCCCCUCCUCCCCCCAAAAAAACCAACCAUCUAAUUUAUUUAUACACCAGUAUGAUGUCACAGCAAAAACAAUGUGUUACUGGUUUUCACAAAAAGUGGCGAGCCCAGUGGGUCCCAAAAUAUGUGCUACCUAACCCUGGGGUGCAGUGUUGGCUUGGGGCAGGGCCAUGCGAAAGGGCCAAACCUUUAUUUAAUACAAAUUUAAUCGCUAUCUUGAAGAAGUGCGUUUGUUAGAAUUCGAUAUAAUGUGCCUGGUGAAAGCCUAACUUUUGGCAAGGGUGCGUAAACUCAAACAGUAACAAAUUCUAGGAACCACUUGUGCAGCUGAACAAGAUUAGCUCAAUAUGUCAUGCACAUGGAACAUACGAAAGGGCCAUCCCAUAAAUGAUGACAUUCUAUUGCAGCAAAUUUUUUUCCUCCUGCCCAAUCUCCCCCCCCCCCCAUACAGAUAACACAUACAUCCCCUAAACACGUGAUGUCGCUUAUAAUGACUUCAAAGGGGAAUGGUGGACUAAAUAUUAAUAAAUUACUGUUGCCACCGUAUAUGGAACAUACGAAAGGGCCAUCCCAUAAAUGACGACAUUCUAAUGCAGCAAAUUUUUUUCCUCCUGCCCAAUCUCCCCCCCCCCCAUACAGAUAACACAUACAUCCCCUAAACACGUGAUGUCGCUUAUAAUGACUUCAAAGGGGAAUGGUGGACUAAAUAUUAAUAAAUUACUGUUGCCACCGUACUACUAUUGUUCACUAGCGAAAAAGCAACAGUAUGACCACAAGUGAAAGAAACAUCGCCAGAAAUUCAAGAUUUCAAUAUGCCCUUUAUGGACUGUCAGAAUAUCAGGAUAUGUGGUCAUCCGCACGUGUAUGGAAAAUCAACAGCCUCCUUCAUUGCGUACAUACAAUUGGAGGGCUCCUAACAAGGCAGAACCUUAGUUGCAUUAAUCUUCAGUAUUGUAACAUAAUAAUAUUUAUUUAACAUAUGUGGAAAAAACCUCCUGUUACUGUUAUUUAAAAUUACUCUUGAUUUUUAUCCAUUCCAGGCAACUGGACAUAUACACAUACAAUACGUCGUCCAGAGAUCAAUGACCAGAGUGUAGAGUUACGAAUGCCCAUCUCAGAGAAAGACUAUGAGGUAUGUUUCUGAAAUGAGUAUUCAGUAGUUGUUUUUUUUUUUACUGUCAGUCAUCUUGAGGUUCACCAUAUAGAUCUAUGUGUACCGGUACUACUGAUAAUUCAUUUUAGCAUCAUUUUCGAUUUGAAACAUUAAAAAUUAUUUCUCUGGUCAGAUAUUAUUGGCUCAGCGAGAUGACCAGCACUAUACUAUAUUUAAAAUCCGACGAUGUUUCCUGUGGAAUAAUAAGUAUUUUCAAUUGGAUAUUUACCAGGAUCCUGCUCCACCCAGGUAA